AUGACUAUUUCAUAUAUAUGGCAAUCGUACUCAUCCUCCAAUCUGCAUUGGAUUUACCCUCUGCAUUCAGGUAAACGCCUAUCAAAUGUGAAUUCCCCUUUCGCAGCGGAAGGAUUGCUCAGGAGAAAAUGUAAUGAUAUCCAGGAUAUACAAAGUAAUAGAAUGAUUGAGUUAUCAUUGCAGGGCGCGUAUGAUUCGAAGAGACAGCAAGCCUAUUUAAAAGGACUCAUUCCAAGCAAAAAGAAAAAAACUCACAUCAAAAAGUUUUUUAAGAAGCAAAAAAAAUCAAGGAAACCCGUCACAUUCGAACAAGGCUACUCGUCGGGUCCUGUAAUUCUGCGCUUCGGAAAUUUUGCAGGAAUCAGAGAUUUGAGAGGUGCAAGAUGUCCGCUCCACGGAAUAAAACAUGGCGUUCACCCAAGACCUGGAGAAAGAUGCGCGUGCCAGCAAGCCUCUUUCUUUCCGAGCCCACUAACGCGAGUUAGCCGUGAACAUUCUGCCGUACUCGAUUGUACCAGGGCCUCUACACGGUUCUGUGACAACAUAACCGAUGACUUUUCAACCUUAUAUUUUUGA